CCUAGACGGCGACAUCGAGCUCGAGUCUGUUAAAAAACAACAACAUUUCAUCCUCUUUUCCUUCUGGCCAAAAUGCCUGAGCACGUUUGAGUGACCAUGGAGCGCGUUUGCCGUCAUGUAGUAAAACGUUGACACAGCGGAGGAUUUGUCUCGGAGGCAUGAAAGUUUAAAGAGCACCGGAGGAGGACAACAUGGCUGUGCGGGAGGAAGGAGAGGUUUUGCACAGUAAAUUCAGACAGCACGAUGGUGUUGGUGGCAAUGCGAACAGCGCGGAGAGCUUCAGGAACGGCUAUGUGAAGAGCUGCGUCACUCCGUUAAAACAAGACCAUCCGAGGGGCUUUUUGUUCAACGUUUGUAGGUUUUGCAAUGAGGAUAUCCUCAAGUCCAAACUAUUCCGCGGCUCGGCUCUGUACGUGGGAGCGCUGGCAGUCCUGGCGCUCUCCUGCUUCAUUUCUUGGAGCUUUCAGAGUGAACACGGCGUCUCGGAGCUGCGGACUUUCCUCUUUGAUUUCUCCCAGUCCAUCAGUCCUUUAUUCAGCAUCGGCUGCGCAUAUUUCUUCCUCACCCUUUACCUGAGGCGGACGAGGAGGGAAAGCAGCAGAUGUUGGCUUUUGUCCUUGCCAGCAUCAUGCUACUUGGGGGAUUUGAUGGUCUUGCGCUUGUUGCAGUGGGGAGAGGAGCACCAUCAGAUGCAAAUGAUGGGCAGGUUGUUGUUUGUGCUAGGCUGCGUGGGUCUGCUCACUCUCAUCCCCACUCUCAAACUCAAACACAGCGUCCUGAUCCUGGUCUUCGCCAGCAUGGUGUGGCUGCUGUCCUUCACCAGCCUCGGCUGUCUGUCUCCGUCCCUCAGGCCGGUGCUGGCGUGCACGGCGGGGGUCUCCGGCUCUCUGCUGGCGCUCUGUUUUGAUCACUAUUACCCACCGAGGGAGACGGCCGGCCGGAUUCCUAACGCGGAGGAGAAAGUUCCCGUCAUCAGACCCAGGAGAAGGUCCAGCUGUGUUUCUCUGGGAGAGACGUCCAGCAGUUAUUAUGGCAGUUGUAAGAUGCCCCGCAGACCUUCUCUGCCCUGUAUAUCCAGAGAACAGAUGAUCCUGUGGGACUGGGACCUGAAACAAUGGUACAAGCCACAAUAUCAGGGUGCAGUGAGUGGGAGUGGCGUGGAUCUCUCUGUGAUAAACGAGGCCAGGAACCUGGUCUCAGACCUGCUGAUGGACCCAUCGCUCUCACCCCACGUGCUCUCCUCACUGCGCAGUGUCAGUAGCCUCAUGGGAGCUUUCUCUGGGUCCUGCCGGCCCCGGGUCAACCCCUUCACCCCUUUCCCCGGCUUCUACCCCUGCGCUGAGAUAGAAGACCCUUCAGAGAGAGGAGAGAGAAAGCCACUGAAGGGUCUGAGCAGCAGGAACAGUCUCCCUACCCCUCAGCUGAGGCGCAGCUCAGCCUCUUCCUCUCUGCCUCCGCUGGAGUCUGCCUCCUCACGCUGGGAACGCACCAAUGGAAAGAGAUCCUUCUCUGAGCUCAGCAGCCAGUGCUGUGUCUCUAAUGGGCCCAACAGCAACUUGCUGACUAUUCCUAAACAGAGAUCCUCCUCCGUCACCCUCUCCUACAGCCACACUCUACCCAGAAGACCAGGUGCUUCUCCCAGUCUGAGUCCCGUCAGCUCCCCGUGUCACAGUCCCCCUGCUGCUCCCGGCUCCUCUCUGGUCACACGCUCUCCAGUGGAGUUCCCCGACACCGCUGAUAUCCUCACCAAGCCCAGCGUGAACCUGCACAAACCCCUGGGCUACACACUGAGCUCACCUGAUUUCCAGCAACAGUAUCGAGGUCCGGCCUCAGCUCCCUUGUGCACCAGUUGUGGCCGACAGAUGCUGAAAGGUGUGGCCAGUGUGGAGGUGGUUGAGGGCCAUCACACAACAGCCAAUGAGAUGCAAAGAACACGCUCAGCUGAUGGAGCAGAGUAUGGUGGUGAAAACUUUAUCCGAGAGGAGAGCUUGGAGGCAGAGUCUCAGGAGGAGAGGACUUCAGACACAGCGGGUGAAAAACUAAAUAGCCAGCAUGAGGAAGGGGAACAGGAGCAGUCCUCAUUGGAUCCUGAGGGAGACGAGGAGUUCAGGUUGGACUCUAUGCUGGCGGACCAUGAAGCACUCAUGGAAAGGAUCAACACCUGGAACUUCCAGAUCUUUGAGCUGGUGGAGAUGACAGGAGGAAAGACUGGCAGGAUUCUCAGCUAUGUGGCGUACACUUUGUUCCAGGACACGGGUCUGUUAGAAAUCUUCAAAAUCCCUGUGCGGGAAUUCAUGACGUACUUUUGCGCUCUGGAGAACGGCUAUCGUGAUAUCCCCUAUCACAACCGUGUCCAUGCCACUGACGUCCUUCAUGCAGUGUGGUAUCUUACCACCCGGCCAAUCCCAGGCUUUCAGCAAAUUCACAAUGAGCAUGUCACAGGAAGUGAUACAGAUUCGGACAGUGGGAUGUCCCCAGGCAGGGUGUCAUAUGCCACCUCCAAAAGUUCAUCGUUCUCAGAUGACAGUUACGGCUGUCUGGCCUGGAAUAUCCCUGCGCUGGAACUCAUGGCACUAUAUGUAGCAGCUGCUAUGCAUGACUAUGAUCACCCUGGUCGCACAAAUGCCUUUCUCGUAGCCACUAACGCUCCUCAGGCGGUGCUGUAUAAUGACCGUUCAGUUUUGGAGAACCACCAUGCAGCCUCUGCCUGGAGCCUGUUUCUUUCCCAGCCGGAGUUCAACUUCCUGUGCAGUUUGGACCAUGUUGAGUUUAAGCGCUUUCGGUUCCUAGUUAUCGAGGCCAUUCUCGCAACAGACCUGAAGAAGCACUUUGACUUUCUGGCAGAGUUUAAUUCCAAGGUUAAUGAUGUGAAUAGUCCAGGCAUUGACUGGACAAAUGAAAAUGACAGGUUGUUAGUGUGCCAGGUUUGCAUUAAGCUGGCAGAUAUCAAUGGGCCAGCCAAAGACCGCAGCCUUCACCUCCAAUGGACAGAGGGUAUCGUCAAUGAGUUUUAUGAGCAGGGUGAUGAAGAAGCCACUCUAGGAUUACCCAUCAGCCCUUUCAUGGAUCGCUCUGCACCACAGUUAGCAAAGCUGCAGGAAUCAUUUAUCACACACAUCGUCGGGCCUCUUUGUAACUCCUAUGAUGCUGCCGGCCUGCUGCCGGGAUACUGGAUUGAUGAGGAGCGAUCAGACGAUGAAGAAGAGACGGAAGACAUUGAAACGGAAGAUGAGGAGCUGGAUGAGGAUCUUGAACCAAAGAGGAGGAAGGGUCAACGUCGGUUAUUCUGCAGCAUCAUGCAGCACUUAACAGAGAACCACAAGGUGUGGAAGAAGACCAUCGAAGAAGAGGAAAAGGCCAAAGAGCUGGAGACUCAGCAGCAGCAAUCCGAGAGCCCCAGCCUUCCUCCCUCCACCUCCUCCUCCGAUGACAUCCAGGUCAUUCAAGAGGAGGCAGAGGAGGAGGAAAGGCAGUAGGAAGAGGAAAAUAUUGAGAAAUGAAGCUCACUGAAGGGCUUAAACAGAGGUGAACGACCCCUCUCUCUCCUUCACCAACACAAACACACACAUUGACACCCAGUGGAAGAUCCUAGCUGAUCUCCCCGUGCUGAAAUUUGUCACUGUGCCGACACUCUGAAGCUAAUGCACUUCACAUUGUGUUGAAAAAGGCCUUACUACUGUGAGAGGACCCUUUGGUGGGAACCCCACUGCUAUGCACUUUCACCCCAUGGAGAGUCAGCGGAGAACGAACAGAGCUUUGAAGACAAAGAACUGUGAUAUGAGAUUAAAACAAGACAGACAAGAACACCGGCAGGGGAGAACCGUGCCAUCCAUGGUUACCUGGCUGUGAUGCUGCCUUGAACGUAGAGCUCUUAACUCUCCCUUAGGUACUUAAGUUCAAAAGGACUAGAAAAAGACAAUGACGUAAUUGACCCGUUACCAAAGCGAACAGUUCAAAAACAUAGAAAGACUGCGACUGAAGCCGUUUCAGGCUCAGUGUUAGGAUACUCAAAAUGUGCCUGUCUGAACUAAAAAGAAAAAAAAAACUAUAUUACUAAAUAACUAUAGUUUGUUUUUAUUUUCUUGUGGUCCAGAAAAUGGGCUAUGUAUGCUGCACUGUAUGUGCAGUCCCCAAUUCAUGCUGGUGACAUAAAACACUGUAUUACUGAACAGAGUCAUUUAGGACAAGUGGAAAUGCUGACAUUUUGAUUGAAAAAUGACCUGACUUCUGCAUCGUUUUGGAUGCUUUUUAUUCAUGUUGAUCACCGUCUUGCAGUUUUUUUUGUUUGCCUUUGUUGUUUGUGAGAUUGUUUUUUUUGUUUUUUUCAUUUGUGGUGUCCCCCGCCCCUCCCUCUUCAGGAACGCCGAGUUGGCAAUCAUUGAAUCUUCUCUGUAAAGUCUUGUCUAUGUUGAAGAGCAUAGCAAAUGGGACAGCAAUGCUGUUCAGAUGAAGGGACAUUUCUCCUUUUUUACGUUUAAAUAGAUCUAGUUUUUCACGGUUACUCAGGAUUCAUGUGAAGGAUCGAUCCUUGUUUUUUGCGAAAAUUUAAGUCUGCAGUUUCAACUUGCACGUCGAACGUUCUUUUCAGAGGCGGGACAAAAAAAAAAAGUUUCUAUUUUUUUGUAUGAAAAACUUGAAAGUCGCUGACAAAAAGAGAUGCUCCCCCAAAGUGCAGUGUCCUAGAUAUUAACCCCAGUUCUUAUCAGCUGCUCCAGACCGGUAUAUCCAUGUUUAUUUUUUUCAAAGACCCCCUGAUAAGAAUUGGGACCCAGGAAUGUUACUGAAAACUAAAUGUUUGAGUUAGUAUGCAUGUCAUAGACAAACCAUUGCUUUGGGGCAACUUCACGUUUGGCAUUAUUUAAACAUGCUUAAGUGAUUGCCAAGUGCAAAAUCUGGCCAGUUAAUUUUCAAAUAACCCAGGGUUUCACCUUGAAAGCUGAACUUUUUUUUCCCUUUUGUAUUUUCUUGUUCUUCACCAUAAGACUAAUAGGUAAUUUUUUUAUUUUUUUUUUUCUGAAGCAAGAACUCUAGGCAUUCCACUAGAAUAAUGAGGGGAGGACGAACCCGGGUCUCUUUCUCUCUCGUUCUGCUUCACCUCAUUUUGUCUCAGUAGAGGAAAGUUCUCAAGUAGGCAAUGUAAAUAAAACUAGUAUAUUUAAGAUUAAAAAUAAAUGAUGUAAAUGUGCACAUUUUACUACCAAACAAGUGUUUAACCUCUGCACAGAAAGAAUACUUGCAUAUAUAAAUAUAUAUAUAAUAUUAUAUAUUUUUUAAUUAAUCAACAAUGCGUCUGUUUUCUACAUACAGCUGACAUAUAUUGUACAUUGAGACCAUGUAAUUAUCAUCUUGUUUCGGGAGGGUUUUUUUUUUUUUUUUUUAAUUCAGUGCUAUUUACAGAUUUGGAUGUUUGGGUGUUGUGUUUUUCAGCUUGUUAAAAAAAAAUUCUUAGGGUACACUGUCUUUUGUUCCUGUUCAUAACCACUCUUUGCUGAGAGCCCCUUAUUUCUGAAAGCCUCCCUGUCUCUGUCUGUCUUUGUGAGUUUGUUCAUUAGUCACUUUUUUGGCCUGUGCUCAGGGUGUGUUCUGUGUUGGGGGCUUAUGCUUACCCAAAGCAGCUUGUGGUGCUUCUCUCUCUCUCUCUCUCUCUCUCUCUCUCUUCUGUCUAGAAUGUGUGUUCAUCAUUUUUUGGAUCCGGGCCCCAGUGUGGCUCCCUCCCCUCCACUUCACUGAGCUCAUCCUGGAUGGGCUCAAACCCACACACUCUGAACAUCAUUCAGGAUGCCAAGCAGGCAGGGUGACUGCGGAUCAGAGCGUCACAGCACCCCCAUCCCCUCGUGUUGACCACUUGCUUGACUGUGGUAUCUCACUUUUGGGGGUUGGUGGCACCACAGUAACCACCGACGUUCCUGUCAUCAGUACCUUUAUGAUGGCAUUCACUUUUUAUGUAGCAUUUAGAUUGUCUGAUGUAACCAUUCAGCCUUUUCAGGGUUGUGGGGGAAAAUCAACGUUUGUGUUAUUAUUUAUAACUGUCAUAAAAGCACCAUCCCUGAACAAAA